ACUGGACCGGGGAAAGUUGCUCUUCGUUACGCACGGUACAAUCAGCUUGAAGUUACUCGUGAAUUCGAGCAGGUUAUCGAAAGAAAUACAUAAUUAUGUGAUUCUAUAUAGAAGUUAGACGUGAUCCGCCGUGAUCAUCUUUUCUGUUUCUACCUGUCGUGUAAUUAUAGGCCUAAAGGUAGCGAUCAUAGCUUCCGCGUUGGAUGUCCUUCCGAAGACAAAAAAAUGGGGAAUUUGAUCCUGGUAGUAGUUUUACUGGCCAUUCUCCCGAAAGAGUUACAGUCCAUCCAGGUGACUGUUCCUCAGACAGAAAGGAGUACAGCUCUGUUUGCAUCUGUCAUCCUCCGUUGUGACUACUCAACAUCAGCAAAUCCUUCCGAAGUUCUUGUCACAUGGAGGUUCAAAUCGUUCUGUAAAGAUCCAGUGCUGGAGUAUUACUCAACGGCCUAUCAGGCCGCCUUGGCAUUGGGGCAGGAUCCGGCCAAUGACUGCCCUGACCGGCAGCGCACGGUGCGAGUGGUGGCGCAGAAGAGGGGGACGAAUGAGCCCACACUGGGGUCACAGUACCGCGAGCGCAAGAUCACCAUCCAAGACAAGGCAGACCUGGUGAUCAAUGAGGUGAUGUGGUGGGAUAACGGGAUGUACUUCUGCUCCAUCGACGCACCUGGAGACACGACGGGCGACUCGGACAGGGAGAUCAGACUCAUCGUUUACCAUUGGCUGACGGUGCUGUUCAUCAUCAUCGGGGCCCUCCUCCUCAUCAUGCUGCUCUGCAUCUGCUGCUGCCAGUGCUGCCCCCAGAACUGCUGCUGCUACGUCAGGUGCCCCUGCUGCCCACAGACCUGCUGCUGCCCAGAGAAAGCGAUCAUGCAGCACCGGAUGAUGAAGGAGGCCAAGAGAGCGAUGGCUCCGUGGCUCCACGGCCAGCCCAUAUAUGCCAACGGCUCCUCCCAGUCCAACUACCCGCUUCUCUACUCUGGAGGCUCUGUGUCAGAGUACCCCUUGAAGCAUCCAGGCGUCCCCAUGGGUUACAUGCCCCCGCAGCACGGCCCCCCGCCCCCAGUCAUGCCUCACCACGGCGGCUACGACCCGCCCGGUAGCUUCCAGGGCAGUGUCCACGGCACCAACCAGAUGCUGGACUUCCUAGAGAGCCAGGUGCGCAGCAUGGACGUGGCACCCCCCAUGGUUCACACCCAGCCGGGGCCACCACCGCCACAGCAGCAGAUGGCACCUCCGCCCCAACGCCAGCCGAUGCCCGCCCACCAGAGGGCCACGCCACCCCAGGGCGUGCCCUUCUCUCCCGGGCCGCCCAGCAUGCUCUCCGCCCUGGACGAGAUCGGCGUGCAGGGCAUGGAGCGCCGCGUCAUCCAGCUGCCGCCCAUCAUCGGCCGCGGCUCCGGACAGUACUCUCACCGAGGUGGUGGAGGCUCGGGGGGCGGUGGUGGUGGUGGCGGUGGUGGUGCCGCCAGGGGAGGGCCUCGCCUCUCCAUCCCCUCCAGUGAUAACUCCAGCCGGGCCGGAGGCUACCGCCGGGACAACCGCGGAGGACCCUCCUCCAGGCAGCCCCCGUCCCCUCGGCGUGGCAUCCUGCGCACCUACAGUGACGAGUCGGACUGGGACGAUCGGCAUGGGAGACGGGGCGGUUCCUCUGGAGGUCGGCGAGGUGGAAGUGGUUCAGGGGGCGGCUACCGCCCACGCUCUCGUAGCCGAGACGACCUGAUGGACGAGCGGCGCCACGCGGCUCCUCGUCGGGACCGGAGCUACUCGCCCCCACCUGCCCGCCGGGGGUCCUGGAGCUCAGACGAGGACAGCCGGAGAGGUGGAGGUGGUGGUGGUGGAGGAGGGGCGCGCUCCUCGCGGGGGAAGCCCUGGCCUGAGAAGCCCCCCAGCUACUUCUCCAUCGAUGUCCAGCCCGGAGCCAGUGGCAAGAAGUUCAACAUAGACCGCUUCUCUGAGAAGAGUUCUCGCAGUGGCAACAGUGUGGUGAUCUGAAGGCUGCAUGUCCGCGCUUUAAGCAGAAGCAGAAGUCCUGUGUACUUUCACACUUUUUAAUCGUGUUUUAAGGAACUCAAUCUUAAUCACAAUCACAAUUAUUGAUCUGCUAUCCGUGAACAGCUGUCAAGUUUUGUGGUCAGUAGGUACUUGUCACUGGUUUGAUACUAGUGACGACUCUUCUCUUAGAUGUUUGUUUGUUCACCUACUGUAUGAGAUGUUUGUUUUGUUAGUGAAUAUGAAGUGAAGAUUAACCGGGCGAAUAGACCGGCCGCGACAUGAGCGAGGCGAGCGACGGAAGUAAUUUACUUUGUAUUGAGUCGCGCGACUAAAGUGAUUCUGGAGACUAGAGGCGAUUCGCGCGACGAGAGCGACAGUUUGUAGUUGAACUCCUGGGAAUGUUAUGCAAAUGAGCUAUGACGCGGUUCGGCAACAGGCCGCGACAGCCAAUAACUGUAUAGAGGUAAGUAACCACAGCCAAUGGGAAAAGCAGAAGGCAAGCAUUCCAACAUUAACGGGCAUACUGGCCCUAUGCCCUAUUUUCAUUGCGAUUGUUCCAUGUCAUUCAAAACUUUUAUCAGGGAAAAUGUGCAUUCCAAGGGUUUACUCGUGUUGGCCCUUUAUUGGGAGGAAUUUGGGAAAAAUGGCCCUCGGGGACUUUUAAUUGAGUACCCCCGCUCUAGUCGCUUCAAUUGCUCGUAUCGCUCUUGCUGCACAGAAGCGAUUCUCUGUCGCUUCAAUCGCGUCGUGGCUGGUCUAUUCGCCCGGUAAGUCAUUGUACAAAUGUGUACAAAUGGUUUUUAUUUGUUUUCAAUGUUUUUAGUUAGUAAAGUUGUAGCCCUUAUUGUCAGGAUCGGUGUGAGGAGGAGCAUUAGGAGAUGCUUAUACACCACAUUUCAUUAUUUUACAGGAUGUUUUGUACAAAAUGGCAGAAGGAGUUUAACUAACGUAAAUAUUCUGCCGUCUUUAAUAUUAUACCUGUAUGUGUGUGAGUAUGUUUUGUGUGUUUGAGUGUGCACAUUACAUGUACUGUAUGUGUAACUGAUGCACUGAAGUUUACAUUAAUUCAUAUAAUGUGAGGUGGUGGACUAUUUUUUUAUGCGUUUGUACUGAUGGUGUCAGUUAACAAGAAACUCUUAUGGUUUGAAAAGGUUUUAUGUAAUGCUUUUAGUGAGUAGAGUCAGUAUGUCAGUGACUACAUAAAAUGAUGGAUUUUUUUUGGUUGUUCAGGGAUCAACAAAUAUACAAAGCUCUUCUCUUUUUUUACUCAUAAAAUACAAUAAUUUUAAGAGAUGUACUUCUUAUAGCACAUGUCCACAAGUAGCUUUGUUGACAAAAUAUUCAACAAUGCACUUUUUAAAAAAUUGCUAUAAUGCAUGCUUGCAUUUGGUAGGGGAAUGUAAUGCAAUACAUAUAAGUCACUUACUAGAGAUCAGGGUCGGAGCUACAGGGGGGUGAGUAGGGCAUUGGCUCCAGACCCCAUCCAUAUUGGUGGUUGGGGCCCUAUUGUGACCUUGACAGGCCGUAUAGGGGGCCCUAUCAGUGUCUUGCCUUGGGGCCCUGUGUGCAUUUGUUCCGCCACUGCCAUUGCUGUUAUAUUACAUUUGCCACAUUUGACCCCUUACUCUUACCUUAAUUGAUCUAUUUAUUACCAGUCUUUCAGCAUGCAUCGGUUUCUGAACAAGAAAUCAUGUGGUUUUGUGCUUCAUGGUGCUUUUUCUUAAUACAUCAUAAAGGAUAUGUGUGCCUCGUCUUGAUAAUGAAGGAUCACUUCUACUACUAUGGAAGGAGGAGUCAUAUGAAGUCUAAGAUGUAAGAUGUAUAUUAUCUUUAUUUGACAGAUUGAUCAGAUGUCAGUAGACCAUGUGUGAGCGUUUUGGAAGACAUGGAGGGAUGAUUCUCUGCACUAAAUGUGGAUUGAAGUCGAGCUGUGCUCUUGUACAUACUGUGACUGUUUUUAUACUCUAUAAAUAUCUCACAGGGGAACCACUGUGCAGAUAGAAGUCUGUAGAUUAAUUUAAUUGUAUGUUUCCUAAUAACAAUUCAAAUAAACUAUUAAG